AGAGAGGAGACGCAUCAUCUGUGCAGUGGUGGAAGCAACAUCUCCUGGUCGCAGGCUGACAGCACAGCAAGCAGCAAUUGCCGAUUUGUUUCUGAAACUUUUGUUCUUUGACGCGGCGAUGUGGAUUUACAAGCUCAUUUUCGGACUCUUCGUCAUUUCUUGUUCGGAGGGCAAAAGAAAUGCGCUCCAGGACUACCAGAAGACUGAUGGUAUACGGCUGAUUGUCGUGUCAGAUGCCUCCCACCUGACCAAAAGCAAGAAGCUGAGCACGGCCAAGUGUGCCAAAGCCUGCAGCCGCAACAGACGACUCCCCUUCAGCUGCAGAGCAUUCCUCUAUGAUCAUAAAAACAGGAAAUGCCAGUGGCUGUCGUUCGACAGGAACUCACCAGGAGCUCAGAGCCAACCGGACUUCAACUACCAACUCUAUCAAAAGAAAGACUAUGUGAGGGAAUGCAUUGUGGGUACAGGUGAGAGCUACAGGGGGCGGAGGACGGUGACGGUGAGCGGCAUCCUGUGCCAGGCCUGGGCCUCUCCUAUACCUCAUGAACACAACUCUGCUCCUGACAGAUUCAUGUCUAAGAGGUUCAGGAAGAAGGACCUCAGAGAAAACUUUUGUCGCAACCCAGACAACUCCACUGUUGGCCCAUGGUGCUUUACCACCGAUCCCCGGCCACACCUCAGACACCAGGAGUGUGGCAUACCACAGUGUUCACAGGUUGAAUGUAUGAACUGUAAUGGGGAAGAUUACAGAGGACCCAUGGACCACACAGAAAGUGGAAAGGAAUGCCAGCGCUGGGACCUGGAUGAUCCACACAAACACCUGUACCACCCCAAGAGGUACCCUGACAAGGGCCUGGAUGAUAACUAUUGUAGGAACCCAGAUGGACGCCACAGACCUUGGUGCUUUACCACGGACCCAAACACGCACUGGGAGUACUGCAACAUCAAAGUUUGUGAAACAUCUCCUAAAAGUAAUGUGGUGGAAACAACCGAGUGUUACCAGGGCAGAGGAGAGGGUUAUAGAGGGACAGUAGACGUGAUGCCCAACGGAAUCAUCUGUCAACACUGGGACUCUCAGUAUCCCCAUAACCACACAUUCAUACCUCAAGCCUACCCCUGCAAAGACCUGAGAGAAAACUACUGUCGGAAUCCAGAUGGCCAAGAAUUCCCGUGGUGCUUCACUACGGACCCAAGAGUCCGCACAAUGUUCUGCACCAACAUCCCCCAGUGCGGCACCCAAAACAAGCCUGUCAGCGACUGCUACGAAGACUUUGGAGAGAACUACCAAGGAGAGCAGUCAAGGACUAGAUCAAACCUGCCUUGUGCUCCCUGGAGAGACCAUAACAACAGUGGCGAGAGGGGCAUGCUGAUGGCUGGCCUGGAGGGAAGCUACUGCAGAAACCCUGAUAAAGACAAACAUGGUCCCUGGUGUUACACCAACAACACUGCCAUUCCCUGGGACUACUGCAAUGUAAAACCAUGUGAUGCUUUGCAGAACACCAUUCCACUGGGUGAGCUGUCCUCUGUGGCAUGUUUUAUCCAUAAAAGAACAAGGAUCGUGGGAGGAGGUCCGGUGGGCAUAUCAGACGGAAGCUGGAUGGUCAGCAUACAGAGAGGGUCACAGCACUGGUGUGGGGGUUCACUAAUACGAGAGGACUGGGUACUCACUGACAGACAGUGCUUCUCCUCAUGUGUUCCAGACCUAAGUGAGUAUCGGGUAUGGCUGGGAGUCUCUGAUAUUCGAGAAGGAGCUCCUGACUGGUCCAGGAGACAGGAAGUGAACAUAGCGCAUGUGAUAUGUGGUCCUGAGGGCUCCAGUUUAGCACUCAUAAGACUUUCUAAGCCUGCUCUUCCUGCAGACAACGUCCAUACACUUCAGCUACCCGUGGCUGGGUGCUCCAUCCCAGAGGGAACAAUAUGUAAAAUGUAUGGAUGGGGGGAGACCAAAGGCACUGGCCAUGAUGACGUAUUGAAGGCAGUCAACCUGCCCAUUGUCAGUAAUGUGAGGUGUAGAGAGAUGCACAGAGGAAACCUCCACAUCACCAACACCAAGAUCUGUGCAGGAGGCAGGAGGAAUGAGGGAGUUUGUGAGAGGGAUUACGGUGGCCCUCUUGUGUGUCAGGAUGGUGAGCUCAGGGUUAUUGUGGGAUUGAGCGUCCAUGGCAGAGGCUGUGCUCGCGCCAACCAGCCUGGCAUCUUCGUCAAUGUGCCCUUCUACACACAGUGGAUCUACAAGGUCUUCAAAUAUUACCCCAACCCUGACACCCAAUAGAGAAUGAAACAACCAACUCAAACCUGGAGCCUCUACUUCUGUAAAUCCAGCUGUGCACUCAGGACACCUGGUAUUUCUGUUGUUCAUACUUGCAUAGCCCACAUAUCAAUAAGAACCUGAUCUGAGCACUCUUAAAAUAUGAAUGUAAACACUGUGAUUUAAACACUUCAUAAACAGAUACCAUACUGAUUCUUUGAUUGAGUUGGGAGCAGACCAGGCAAACAUUUGGUUUCUUCCAUUUUUAUGGUUUUCUUUUGGUAGCAAAUCCACUAGAGUGGUAUGUGUGUAUGUGAAUACUCUUGAUUCCUGGCAUUACUUGAAUGUUUUAACACCAAAGUGCAGUGGUUCAUCAGCUCCUUUUGUAGAGUACAUCAAUGGGCCACUUAGAAAACUAUCCAGUGGUAGGGCAAUGCUAAGGGCACUCUUGUCAAGCUCCAUGCAUCUCCAGAGGGCUUAGACAAAGUGGUCCUUACUGUACAUAGUAUUUUAAUGAGUGUAUUUGUGACACUCCAAAGGUGAUUUGGGUCUUAUAGAUCUAUGACAAGAGAAAUUAAUGCCGUGGUAGGCAGAUAAAUGAUGUACAGUGUUACAUUUCAGCUUUCAGCCAAGUGUCUGUCUCAUAAUUAUGUCAGCUGUACAGAAACACCAAAAUGAAUACCAUUUUCAGUAUUUUAAUGUUUACCACAAAGCCACUGACUGUAUAUAUGAUUAUGCUCUUUGCAUUCUGUGUAGUUGAAAGGAAUGCAUAGUUGGUCAGCUUUAUAGGAUUU